AAUUUUUUUUUGAGAAAAAAACCACGGGAAAUGGCUUCACCUUCCUCUUCUCUUUUCUCGUUCAAACUUCAAAGUCUUCAAACCCUAAAUCCUAACUUCUCACUUCCGCCCACCCGCCCCACCGCACUCAAAUUCACUGCUGCCGCCCGCCGGAGUGCCGGACGCCGUCAAGCUGCCUUCCCCUCGACCCUGCUGCUCGAUCUUGGCCUCUGUCCUCUGACCUCGGCUCGACGGAGUGACGGACGAGUGGACGACGGUCGACGGCUCGUGUCAUAAUGUACGUUGUCGGUUGUGCUACCCCUCCUCCAAAAUCCUGGAUCCGCCACUGAUUGGACAAAUUCAUCUUCUAGAAUGGGAUCGAAGAAGAAGAAAUCGAACAAAUCCGGCGCCGGAGAUUCCGCCGGCGGUAGCGGAAAUGGCAAGAAGAAGGAGAUUCAGAUGAUUGAAGAUCCUCGAUUUUCAAUGAUUCAUACUGAUCCCAGAUUCCAGAGAGUUCCGAAGAAAAUGGAUAAGAUUUCUAUCGAUUCUCGGUUCAGUCAAAUCUUCACUGACAAGCUUUUUGCGGGAUCCUCAGCCAAGGUUGACAAGCGUGGGAAGCCUAAAAAGCAGUCGGAAAAUGCUUUAAGUCGAUUUUAUCACUUGGAGGAAGAUGAGGAAGAAAAGGAUGAAGUUAAGAAGAAGAAGAAGAAGAAGAAGAGUGUUGUGAAGAAAGUUGAGGAUGAAAGUGAAGGAAAUAGCAGUGAUACGUUGGGUCCGGAGUCGAGUGGCGAAUCGUCUGAGUCGGAAUUGGAUGGUGAUUCUGAGAGUGAUGAUGAUAGUUUGACGAGUGAUAGUGAUGAUGAUGAGGUGGCUGGUGUGGAUGUGUCGGAAGAUGAUGAGUCUGUUGAGGUGGAGAAUGUGCCUGUAAUUGAUAGUGAAACGCAUAGAUUGGCUGUUGUUAAUAUGGAUUGGAAUCAAGUGAAGGCUGUCGACAUAUUUAUGAUGUUGAGAUCAUUCCUGCCUAAAGAAGGGCGAAUUAAGGCUGUAACGGUCUAUCCUUCAGAAUUUGGACUCAAGCGUAUGGAAGAGGAAGCAGUUCGUGGUCCAGUUGCCUUGUUGGGGGAUGAGAAGAAAAAAGGCGAUGAGGGUACGGAAGAUGUAGACGAAGAUGAAAAUGAAGAUGAAGAUGAAGAAGAAGAAGAUGAUGAUGAGAUAGAUACUGAAAAGCUGCGUGCUUAUGAAAAAAGUAGGCUAAGGUACUACUUUUCUGUAGUGGAGUGUGACUCUAUUGCUACUGCAGAUUACAUCUACAAAGCUUGUGAUGGGGUUGAGUUCGAAAGAUCAUCUAAUGUGCUGGACCUGAGAUUUAUACCUGACUCUAUGGAAUUUCCUCAUCCACCGCGGGAUGUUGCAAAGGAGGCACCAGCUGAUUAUGAGGGUUUAGACUUUCAAACUCGGGCUUUGCAGCAAAGCAAUGUAACCCUUUCUUGGGAUGAUGAUGAACCACAUCGCUUGAAGACACUGAGGCGAAAAUUCAAUGAUAACCAGCUUGCUGAAUUGGAAUUGAAAGAAUUUUUGGCAUCUGAUGAGAGUGAUAGUGAUAGUGACGAGGAUGUGGAUGAGGACGUGAGUGAGGAUGUUGCAGAUUUAUCCGAUGAAGUAAAUAAAAAAGCCAGGAAAACAAAGAUGAAGGCGAAGAUGGCCAAAAAGGAUAUGUACCGUGCCUUGGUUCAGUCUGGAAAUGGUUCAGAGGAUGAUGAAGAUGAAGGCCAAGAUAUGGAGGUUACUUUUAACACUGGUCUAGAAGAUCUUAGUAAGAAAAUUCUUGAAAAGAAGGAUAAAGGUUCAGAAAGUGUUUGGGAGGCAUAUCUGAGAAAAAAGAAAGAGAAAAAGAAAGCUAGGAAAUACAGCUCAAAGAAUUCAUCGGAUGAUGACAGUGAUGAGAGUGAUCAAGAGCCUCUCGAACAGACAGAGGACUUUUUUGUGGAAGAUCCAUCAGUUGUUAAAAGCAAGAAGGUUAAGCUUGGUAAGAAGAAUAGGGAAGAGAAGACACCGUUGGAAGAUGAAGAAACUGUAGCAACUACAGCAGAGCUGGAGCUAUUGCUUGCAGAUGAGAAGGGAACAGAUAAUAAUCCGAAGGGUUACAAAAUUAAACCGAAAAAGGGCAAGGGAAAGAAGGGUAAACAGGCUCCUGAUGAAGACAACUUACCAGAAAUUGACUAUGAUGACCCGCGCUUUUCAGCACUCUUCACUAAUCCUGCAUUCUCUUUGGAUCCCACGGACCCUCAAUUCAAGAGGAGUGCAACUUACUUUCGGCAAUUAGCUCAGCGGCAACAGAAUGACAGAGGAGAGGAUACAGCAAUAGCGCCAGUGGAACUGUCAAGACCAAGUUCAAAUGGCUCGAGUAGGAAAGAAGAUGAUAAUUCUGAAGGUGCUUCCCGCAAAGAGAAGUAUGAGUUAUCCUCGAUGGUUAAAUCUAUCAAAAUGAAAUCUCAGCAGCUUCCUAAGCCAUCUAGUGACAAAUUGAAAAAGGGUAAGACAGAACAUGGAUCAACCAUAAAGGAAAAGAAGCAUAAGCUAGAAGGAUUGGAUCACAAAAUGAAGAAAAAGGCCAGAGUGUAGAAUAAUAAUGAACUCACUUCACCAAUACAAAAUUUUGAUAAUUUAUUCAUUUAUUUGAAUUACAGACUUACUCUGCUUGAUUAGUCUUUUCAAGUGUUUUUAAGAGUAGGAUUUGUAGCCUGUUGACAAUGCUGUUCUUGGUGUUACUUAAAAUCUUAUAUACUGUCAUUCUAAUUGUAGAAACUUUAUAAUGCUUAGGAUUGAAAACCAUAGUAUAUGAGAAAAUACAAGUUCAUCUUGAUGAUAAACAAAAUUUGUUUAUCUAAUGGCAUUUUCGUAAAUAAAUCAAUAAAAAAUUACAGUCAGCAUGAUAUUUUCGUAAAUAAGUCAACAUUUGUGGGAUCCGCAUAUUAAUAAAAGUUGUUCACUUAUUUACAAAAAUGUCAUGCUGACUGGGAUGAAUUGUUGAUAUAUUUACGAAAUUGCCAUUAGAUAAACAAAUUUUGUUUAUCAUGAAGAUGAAUGGGGGCUCCCUCAAUAGUAUAUCUUA